AUGUCUGCCAUCGACGAAUCCAUGACCGACAGCAUGACCGAGGCCAGCGAUCUCGCCGUCUCAAAGACCGUCCAGCAGCUCGGCAACGACCUCAUCACUGACCUCUCCGAACGCAUCGUUGGCACCCAGACCUUGCUCGACAUGCACAAGACCAUCCGCACCAACUAUGAGAAGGACCUCAGACGCUUCCACAGAACCGCCUCCAACAGUCUCAAGAAGGGCAUGACUGCUGUCCAGGCCUCUCUCGCUCACGUCGACAAGUCUCUCGAGAUCCAGCGCAAGAUUGUCGAGGAGACUGAGGAGAUUGCCAAGUUUGCCCGCGAGCAGUUUGAGUUAAUUGAGCAGCGUCAGGCUGCUAUUCGUAACAUGGUCGAGAACGCCUAG